AUGGCAGAAAGCAAUCCUAUUCAUAAUCCAAUUGAUCAUGGCAGUUUGCUUACGAAGGAGGAAAAGGCUGAUCAGGUAAAUAAGACUUACUUUAAACAAAUAGUGGGUAGUCUUAUGUAUCUUACAGCUACACGACCAGAUAAAGCAUUUGUGGUUAGUCUAAUUAGCAUAUACAUGGAAACUCCUACUGAGCUUCAUCUACAGGAAGUAAAAAGGGUUUUCAGAUAUUUGAAAGGAACUGUUGGGUUUGGAAUUUUUUAUAGAAAAGGAGGAGGAGAUGAGCUUAUUGCCUACACUGAUAAUGAUUAUGCUAGAGAUUUAGGAGACAGAAAAAGCACAUCAGGAUAUGUGUUUUUGUUGAGUUCAGGAGCUAUAUCAUGGUCAUCUAAAAAACAACCUGUAGUAAGUCUGUCAACUACAGAGGCAGAAUUUAUAGCUGCAGCCUCUUGUUCUUGUCAAGCAAUAUGA